AGGCAGCAAGCAGCCUCUGUCUUUUUUAUUGUCGAGCUGACCAAUCACAGGAGGAGGACCCUCAAGAACUCAUCACCUAGGCACCAAUUUCAUUUCCCCAUGUAACUUAUUUUAUUUAUCUCCCCUCCAUAUUUUUCUUGUUUAUUUAAUUAUUUUGUUCGCCCAUUUCGGUGUGGGUGAUAGAUAGAUUCCAACCCUUCUUGCUGCUACUUGUCCAAGCAGAAACCAAGAACAGCUUCCCCCCAAGAAAAGAUUGUUUCUUUUUUCCUCGAUUUGGUCCGGUUCUGUCGAAGAAAUCUCGAGGAGUCGCUGCUGGAUCUCUGGGAGGAGGAUUUGCUGCGAGUUCUUGCUUCACUUGAGCUCGAAUCUGCCUCGGGAGCUGCCAAAGCAGCAGCAGCCUUACGAGCUCCAAGGAGCCGCGGAGGGUGAGGUGGGAGGCGGCCUUGGAGCGCUCGGGAGGGCCGUGGUGAUGCCGCCGGUCUGAUUUGGUUCGCGCUGAUGUCGAUGGAGUCCACCGGAGAGGAGCUCUUGAAGAAGAUCCGGCAGCUUGAGGUGGGCCAGGCGCAGCUGAAGCAGGAGAUGUCCAAGUUCGCGCUGCCACCCACCGGCGGGGGUGAGCGGCGCCGCUCGCAGUCGGUCUCGCCCUGCCGCGGCGCCUCGCCGCAUCCGCCGCCUGCUCCUGCGCCGGCGACUGCAAGGCGGCUCUCCGGGGGAUUUGAUGGAGGCCCGCAGGCAUGGGGCCGUGGCUCCGCGUCGUUCUCACACUCGUCGCGGCUGCAGCGAGAGGGCCGUGCCGCGGCUGAAGGAGGUGCCACGGGCGCCGGCCUGCCGGAGAGGCAGUACCGUAGGGUGCUUCAGGCGCUGGGGCAGUCCGUCCACAUUCUUGACCUCGAUGGAAGGAUCAUAUACUGGAAUCGAUCUGCAGAGAAUCUCUAUGGUUAUCCUGCAUCAGAAGUACUUGGUCAGGAUGCCCUCAUGCUACUGGUUGAUUCACGUGACCUAAGUGUGGUAAAUGAUAUGUUCCGACGUAUUUCUUUGGGUGAGAGUUGGACUGGGAAAUUUCCAGUGAAGAACAGGGCAGGAGAUAGGUUUUUAGCUAUUGGCACCAACACUCCUUUUUAUGAUGAGGAUGGCAGUUUGGUGGGCAUUAUUUGCGUUUCAAAUGAUUCACAUGCCUUGGAGGAGAUACUCAGUGGACCUUCAACCUCUGCAAGUUCCCAUUUAGAAUCAUCUAGACCCACCUGUUGCGAUGGCAGUUGCAGCAACAACAAUCGGAAAAACAGUUUGUUGAACAGAAGUCCAUUUGACCCUCAGCAUCCCCUGCCAUCUACUAUAGCCUCCAAGAUAACAAAUUUGGCUACCAAGGUUACAAAUAAAGUUCGUUCUCGGGUCAGGAUGGAUGAGAAUGGUGUGGUACGGGAAGGUGGCAGCGGUGAGAGUCAAUGCUCUGAUCGUGACACCAAGGAAGAGCCAUCAUCUAGUGGACCAAGUACACCAAAAGGGGAUGCAUCACGUGGUGCCUUUGCUACAGAAGAGAAUUCCCCUGGGAAAUCAGCUAAAACAAAUAGUGAUGAAUCAGAAGGAAAAAUAGGUCUCCACAAGAUCUUGAGUUCAAAAGCAGAGGCACUGUUGAUCAAGAAAGGGAUAUCAUGGCCUUGGAAAGGACGGGAGAAUGAUGGGCCUGAUGGAAAGAAUCAAGUGAUCUGGCCAUCAUUGCAUGGUGAGCAAGAGAUUGACCAGAAUCAUCAGAAAAUUUCUGACAGUCAAGGUGCUGAAUGCAACCAACCUAACAAAAAUGAAGUAUCAGGUUCCUGGUCCUCUUUCAACAAUAACAGCUCAAGCAGUGCAAGCAGCACUGGAAGUACUAACAGCAGUGUUCUAUACAAAGUUGACCAUGAAGCAGACUGUCUGGAUUAUGAAAUCCUAUGGGAGGAUCUUGUCAUUGGAGAACAAGUUGGCCAAGGCUCUUGUGGGACAGUAUACCAUGCGUUGUGGUAUGGCUCGGAUGUGGGUGUGAAAGUUUUCUCCAGGCAGGAAUAUUCAGAAGAAGUGAUACAGGCCUUUCGACAAGAGGUAUCCCUUAUGAAGAAACUACGUCAUCCUAAUAUCCUGCUCUUCAUGGGGGCGGUUACAUCUCCACACCGCCUCUGUAUCGUAACGGAGUUCCUCCCACGUGGAAGUUUGUUUCGCUUACUUCAAAGAAGCACUACCAAGUUGGAUUGGAGACGACGUGUUCACAUGGCUUUGGAUGUUGCAAGGGGAAUGAAUUAUCUUCACCACUAUAGCCCACCUAUCAUUCAUCGAGAUUUAAAAUCGUCAAAUCUGUUGGUUGAUAAGAACUGGACUGUCAAGGUUGCAGAUUUUGGUCUUUCACGUCUCAAGCGCGAAACUUAUCUAACGACAAAAACAGGAAAGGGAACGCCUCAAUGGAUGGCUCCGGAGGUAUUGCGCAAUGAACCUUCAGAUGAGAAGUCUGACGUGUAUAGCUAUGGAGUGAUCUUAUGGGAACUUGUUACUCAGAAGAUACCCUGGGAAAAUCUCAAUUCGAUGCAGGUCAUUGGUGCAGUAGGUUUCAUGAAUCAAAGGUUGGAGAUUCCUAGUGAAACAGAUCCUUACUGGACAUCACUUAUCCUGAGUUGUUGGGAAACUGACCCACAAAGCCGUCCGUCGUUCCAAGAACUUCUAGAGAAGCUUCGGGAACUGCAGAGGAAGUACGCUGUCCAAACUCAGAUGCAACGAAAUGCAUCUGCUGUUGCAAAGAACAGCAUCAUUGAGGAAUGAAGAUUGCAUGCAGCUUCUUGCUAAGGCUAGUGAGCAUGCGAGCGAGGAGGGAACAUCGUCGGUGGUGCCGCGACGUGUUAACCAUAAGAAUGAUUCGUACCUCUAAUGCUGAAGAUUGUGCAUAUGAGGUAGGCACCCUCUUGAAUUCUGGGAACAGGCCUGAACUUCCUCCAACUGCAGGUUCUGGCAGCAAAGGUUAGAGUAGUGAGCUGAUCAGGCUGGCACUUUUUGGGAUCUCUAUUUCCAUGGUGAUGCGCGACUAACAUCGAUCUGUUCGAUCUGGCUUGAAUUUGUAACACGAUGAUGAUGAUGUGUAGUUUGUUGUGAUCACGACCCUGUAUGUCAGUGCCAGAUCCUGAUAAUGCACCAAGUUGAAUCAUCAAGAACGCUGUAAGAUUCAUGCUUGUUUUGGUAAAACAAAAUUGGUUGUUUCAGGACGGAAAAACGUACUACUACACCUUGCAAAGUUGCAAAUCAGAUAUGUGAGGAAUAUAAGGAGUAUAUUGGUGCAA